CCUGCAGUGCCGCCGACGCCUUCUGGAGCUGCUGGACAAGAGCUGGCACAGCCUGGAGAGCCUCUCCCUCAAGCUGGAGGCGCCCCUGGACGAGGACACGGCCCAGCUGUGGACGCUACUCGCCUCCAUGCCGCGCCUGCAGCACCUCGAGCUCUCCAUGAACACCGUCAAGGGCGAGUGGCUCUGCGACCCUGACGGGCUCCCCCAGGAGCUGUGCUGGUGCUGGGACGAGGGCUGGCCCUGCCUGCGCCGCCUGGACCUGCGCGGCGUCCCUGCGGGCCCCGCCACGUGGCUGCUCCGCGGCUUCCUGCGCGUCCGCGGGCCGCAGCUCCACGAGCUCAUCCUCAGCCCCGGCAUGCAGCUCAACCCGCGCCUCAUGCGCCUGCUCAAGCAGUGCGCCCGGCUCAACCACCUGGGCGUCAGCUGCAGCAACGCGCUGUGGCGGCUCGACGGCUGGACGAACUUGACCUCACUGACACUGCUGGGACUCCCCCGGCGCCACACGGCCACGUGGGUGCUGAGGUCCCCGCUGGCGGCCAAGCUGGAGUGCCUUUCCCUGGACGGCGUCAACCCCUCCCUGUUCGACGUGCUGCCCGCCGUCGGCAGCUCCUGCCGAAACCUGCACACCAUCUCAUUUCAGCGCUGCCAGGUGCCGGCGCGCUUCGCCCUGCCGCUGGCGCAGUGCCCGCUGCGCGAGGUGCGCGCCGACAACAUGCGCGCCGAGCACGUGCUGGAGGCGCGCCGCCUGCCCAAGCUGGAGUGCCUGCGCCUGUCCGGCCACUUGGGCAACUACGGCUCCAUGAUGGUGGCCGUGACCGCGCUGCGCGACGCCAACCCGGACCUGCGCGUCGUGGGGCUGGAGGACGGCCUGUUCAACAACUGGGGGCCCGGCGUGCAGCGCGCCCUGGCCCUCUCGAGGCCCUCGUCGUGCACCGCCGCCUCCAGGGCGAGGACGGCGUCGUGAACCGCGAGGUGCACUGGCGGGAUCCUCAAGUGCAACGACUGUCGAUAAGAAGUCUGACUGUAAAUAACCACCGCAUUAAAGCCGUCAUUCCUUUUAAAAACGGUGAAAAACAGUGGCGCGGUCUCCGCAGUCACUCUCAAGCUAGAAGCAAGGUUCCCCCCCGGAGGUUUACUGCCUGGCGCAACCGGCGUUUACUCAGGUUUAUUAAAAUUCUCGUGCC